CUGUAUAGUCAGUUCGUUGUUUUAAAUGCUUUUAGCUCCAGAUUAUUCUCCCGAUUUUUGUUGCAGCGAUUCCAGUCCAGUCGCUGUGGUGACUGGAGCUCUAGGCCGGGUUUUGCAGUUGGAAUGCCCAUCCAAUCCACUUUGGGAAUUCCGUUGCGGGUUUGGCUGCGGCGGGUGCUGUGCUCCAGGCCGGAUUUUGUGGGCGACCCCGUCCAUGCUGGGUAUUGUCCGCGAGUGGCGGCCGCUCGCAGCCUCGCUCGGCUCGGCUUGGUUCGGCGAGCUCUUCUCGACCGACGGCGGACGGGCGGCGAAUACCGGCGCGGCAGCAGCGGGCGCCCGAUACCCAGGCGCAGGCCUGCGGCGGCGGUGGCGGGAGAUGGCGGAGCGCCGACUGCGGCUCCUGUUGGCGCUGGCGGCUUUGAGCGCGGCCCGGAGCUCAGAAUCUGUCAUCCGAAGAUUCACACCUUUCUACUUUACAGUGGAGCCAGCAGACACACUCGCGAUACGAGGGUCCUCGGUUAUACUGAACUGUUCGGUUUUCGCUGAACCCAAAGCCAGAAUUGAAUGGAGAAAAGAUGGAACAUUCCUAAAUCUGAUAUCAGAUGAACGCAGACAGAUGCUUCUGGAAGGUUCACUGUUGAUACAUAGUGUGGUACAUUCCAAACACCACAAACCUGAUGAGGGAUUUUAUCAAUGUGUUGCCACUAUUGAUAGCCUUGGAACCAUUGUGAGCAGGACUGCCAAGAUAACAGUAGCAGGUCUUCCUCGGUUCAGUGGUCAGCCUGAGGCCGUCUCAGUGCACCAAGGCGACACUGCCCUGCUUGGCUGUGAAGUGAAUGCUGAUCUCGUUCCAUUUGUGAGGUGGGAGCAUAACCGGCAGCUUAUGGUGUUAGAAGGCAGGUUCCUGAAACUCCCCAGUGGUGCAUUGGAGAUCAGCAACGCCACCAACAGUGAUGUUGGCCCAUAUCGCUGUUCUGUGGAAAUUGCAGGUUCUUCCAAGACGAGUGAAGAGCUGGAGCUUACAGUUUUGCCAGAAAUGGGUACAGAGCGACAGCUGAAAUUUCUCCAGCAACCUGUCUCCAUUAGUAAGGUGGCAGGCCAGUCAGUAAUUCUACCAUGUGUGGUGUCCGGGUAUCCAACACCCGCCAUUCAGUGGGUCCACAAUGAUGAGAUCAUCUUAGAAAGGUCCCACAGAAUGGCUUUGGUUGGCAGUGGCAGUCUGCAGAUCAAUGAUAUUUUGGAAGAAGAUGCUGGUCUAUAUGAAUGCAUUGCAGAGUUUGGGAAUGAGACUGUCAAUGCUCAGGCAGAGCUGAGUGUUCAAGUUCCCCCUCACUUCCUGAAGCGACCUGUUAGCAUUUAUGCUCACGAGUCCAUGGACAUCGUGUUUGAAUGUGAAGUGACAGGGAUACCAAUGCCAACUGUAAAAUGGAUCAAGAAUGGAGACAUGGUUAUCCCAAGCGACUAUUUCAAGAUUGUUAAUGAGCGGAACUUGCAGGUCCUUGGUCUGGUGAAGUCUGAUGAAGGUCUGUAUCAAUGUGUGGCAGAGAACGACGUGGGGAACAAGCAGGCCAGUGCCCAGCUCAUCAUCCUGGAACACGAUGUUCCCAUCCCGACAUUUCCCCCCACCUCACUGACAAGUGCCACUGCUGACCAUCUAGCGACGGCCACUGCUGGACUGCUGCCCUCUGCUCCCCGUGAUGUGGUGGCUCUCCUUGUCUCCACGCGCUUCAUCAAGCUGGCAUGGCGCCCACCCGCUGAGCCAAACGCAGAGAUCCUCGCCUACUCCGUGUACUACGCCAAGGAUGGUGCCAACAGGGAACGUGUGGAAAAUACUAGUCGACCGGGCGAUCUAGAGGUGACAAUUGGAGAGCUGAUGCCAGACGUGAAGUAUGUGUUCCGAGUGAUUGCUCACAAUAAGCAUGGAGCGGGAGAGAGCUCUGCUCCCUUCAAAGUGGCCACCCAACCAGAAGUUCAAGUUCCUGGACCUGCCCAAAAUCUGUUUGCACAAGCAAAUUCACCCACCUCCAUCACAGUGACGUGGCAGGAACCUUUGUCAGAAAAUGGCCCCAUUGUGAACUACAAACUCUACUAUAUGGAGAAGGGGGCAGGCAGCGAGCAGGAUGUGGAUGUUGGGAGCCUGUCUUACACCAUCAAUGGGUUGAAGAAGUUCACUGAGUACAGCUUCAGGGUAGUGGCAUACAACAAGCAUGGGCCGGGUGUCUCCACCGAGGAGAUAGUGGCCACCACCUACUCUGGCGUUCCUAGUGCACCCCCACAGAAUGUCACGCUGGAAGUUCGCAAUUCCAAGAGCAUCGUUGUGCACUGGCAGCCCCCUCCUCCAGGGACACACAACGGGGUGAUCACUGGUUACAACAUUCGGUACAAAAAGGCAGGUCGCCGUGGGGAGACCGAUUCUACUGGUGGGAAUCAGCUUUCUCAGGUCAUCGAUGGGUUGGAGAGAAACACCGAAUACAGUUUCAGAGUUUCUGCAAUCACAGUCAAUGGGACUGGACCUUCCUCGGACUGGGUAUCUGCCGAAACCUUUGAAAGUGACCUGGAUGAAUCGCGGGUUCCAGACAAGCCUAGCUCUCUCCAUGUGCGGCCUCUUAUUAACCACAUUGUUGUGAGUUGGACACCACCUGAAAAUCAGAACAUUGUUGUGAGGGGUUAUACUAUCGGCUAUGGAAUUGGCAGCCCGCAUGCAGAGACCAUCCGUGUCGACUAUAAGCAACGUUACUACACCAUCGAGAAUCUGGAGCCAAACUCACACUACGUGAUCACACUGAAAGCAUACAACAAGGUUGGCGAAGGAAUCCCUCUGUAUGAGAGCACAGCCACCAGACCACUAACCGACCCUUUUGACCCUUCAGAAGUUUAUUUAAUUGAUCUUUUCGAUAAUCCAUACACUCCAGUACCAGACCCCAGCCCCAUGAUGCCCCCUGUUGGAGUGCAGGCCACUGUGCUCACCCACGACACCAUCCGAGUGACCUGGGCUGACAGCUCGCUGCCCAAGAACCAGAAGAUCACUGACGCGCGAUAUUACACGGUGCACUGGAAAACCAACUACCCUGCCAACACCAAGUACAAGACUGCAGACACCACUACGUUGAGUUAUAUUGUCUCAGGGCUGAAACCAAACACACUCUACGAAUUCUCUGUGAAGGUCACAAAGGGUCGGAGGUCAAGUACCUGGAGCAUGACAGCACAUGGAACAACAUUUGAAACUGUGCCAACAUCUCCUCCCAAGGAUCUAACUGUGGUCAGCAAGGAAGGCAAGCCCAGAACCAUCAUCGUGAACUGGCAGCCACCAGCAGAAGCCAAUGGGAAGAUAACAGGUUACAUCAUUUAUUACAGCACAGACAUAAAAGCAGAGAUCCACGACUGGGUAAUAGAGCCAGUGGUCGGAGACAGGCUCACUCACCAGAUCCAGGACCUUACGCUUGAUACCACGUACUACUUCAAAAUCCAGGCCCGUAAUUCCAAAGGCAUGGGCCCUUUGUCGGACUUCGUCCAGUUCCGCACACCUAAAGCUGAGUCAUCAGACAAAAUGGCUCAUGAUCAAGCACCUGGAUCAUCUGGGAAAGUUGGAAAGCACCCUCCAAUGAUGGACUCAGGGGCAGACACCAGGCACUCCAUCGGCGGUCACAACAGUCCUCAUGGCAGCCCCACCUCCAGCCUGGACAGCAACAUUAUGCUGAUCAUCAUCAUUUCUGUGGGCGUCUUCACCAUCAUCAUGGUGGUUAUUAUCGCGUUGAUCUGCACGCGGAGGACAAACUACCAGCAGAAAAAGAAGCGGGCUGCCUGUAAAUCAGCUAACGGGUCUCACAAGUACAAAGGCAACUCAAAGGACGUGAAGCCUCCUGACCUUUGGAUUCACCAUGAGCGCCUGGAACUGAAACCAAAUGACAAAUCACCAGAUCCUAACCCUGUCAUGACAGACACUCCUAUUCCUCGCAAUUCCCAGGAUAUUACUCCUGUUGACAGCUCCGUGGACAAGGACCACCAGCGCAGGAAUUCCUACCUGGGUCGUGAACUGGAGGAUGGCGUGUCAUCUUUGAGUGGUCGACGUGGUCUGCGGCCAAAGAUUAUGAUGCCAUUUGAUGCUCACCCUCCGCAGCCUGUGAUUAGUGCCCAUCCCAUCCAUUCACUCGACAACCCUCAUCACCAUCACCACUGUGAAGGGCUCUCAUCCCCAACCCGCAGUUACCUCCGUCAGACCAGCAACCGGCCGCUUGGCUCCUCGUUAGACAGGGCCAGCUCCACAGAAUCUGUUCGAAACACACCCAACAGUGACAUGUCACCAGCACUAAGCUCACAGACCCACACUGUAGAGACCCUGGAGACAGAUGUUCCCCCUGUAUCGUAUCUGCCAGGGUCGCAGGAGGAGGAGUCCAACCGAAGUGUCCCAACAGCUCACGUGCGUCCAUCCCACCCGCUGAAAAGUUUUGCAGUAAUCGCCAUCCCUCCUACCAGCACCAACUAUGACGCAGCUUCAUCCAGUACACCCUUACUGGCCCAGACAGGAACAAACCCACAAGUGCAGUCAGUGAAGACGGCAUCAAUAGGAACACUGGGGAGAAGCAGGUCCCCAAUGGCAGUCACUGUGCCCAGUGCGCCGGACGUCGCAGAAUCCACCAAAAUGCUGGAGGACUCUGACGCUAAUUAUGGUUCAGAUGAACUAACUGAAGAGAUGGCACACCUCACAGGGUUGAUGAAGGAUCUCAAUGUUAUCACCACGGCAUAGAUCAGAGUAUCAACAAUUACUCAAACUGAAACCAGAGCAGGUCUGCACAAGUACACAAGACACCCAGAGGGUCGACUACAACAUAAUGUGAUGUGUUCAGUCUCGUGGAACAUGCCUUUGUCACAAUUUCAGUCCAGUGGAUGCAGCCUUGUGGAUAUUAUGUUAAUGCAGUCAAGGCGUCGGAAUCUGAUGACCCUCAGCUCUGACAGACUGCUGCUGGUUUGGAAAUGUACUGGAGAUACCGAUAUAGUGUUCGACAUUCAAUAUCGUCUAUUUACUGCGUGUUUACGUUUUUGGUGUUAUAAAGAGAAUGUUGAAUUGUUACUUUGGUAUCCAGAUGUGACAUUUGCUUCACCAUCCGAUGAUGAGAGGCAUUGAUUAAUAACAUGGCCAUUUCUUGCUUCCUCCACAUCACACAGUGUGCCAAGGCAUCCAGACUCUGCAACCUUCUGACAAAACUGCCAAGUUGUCCGCACUCAACACUGUGAUCUUUUAGCAACUCCUGCUGGACGUGGCAAGUUAGCUGAUUAAAGCACAAUUAGUAAAAUGGAACCAGCAAGAUCUAUCCACAAAGAACUCACAAAGAGGCUUGGCAAGACUCAAAGCACAUUAGUUUAAAUAAAUGUGUGCAGCAACUGACAUUUUAUAUGAAGACUGUCUUUAUGUAUUCUACUGGAAAAUCAUUUAGCCAUAAGGAAAAAAAUAAUUCAACCCUACCAAUGGGUUCUGGUUGCACGAUCUUUAUUAAACCCUAUCAAUGAGUUUUGAUUAUAUAGCGAGCAUUAAACACGAUCAUUAUACCCUCAGUAAUUUUCCAGCCCUCAGUAAUUGUGUUGAGUGGGUAGGCUUCAGUUACUAAAGCUGUACUGAACUCAGUAAAUAGGUGAAUUUACUGCGCCCCAAGGACACCUAGCUGAAUUGGUCCCAAUAAUAUGGCUGUCAAAUCAGUCCCGUCAAUUGGGUUCUGAUCAGAUUACAUGUCAAAUCAUGUACUGAAUUCGAAUACAGGCAGUUCCUAUCAUCUCAUUUAGCCUGACCCACCCUCCCCAGCACAUUGUUGUAAUUGCUCCUACAGUCAUGGUUUUACUUUGUUUGUGAAUAUUGCUUCCUAUGUACAUCUCCAUGAAUGUUAAUAUAACUGUUUAAGGAAAUUUAUUGUAAUGAAUAUAACUGAACGAAGCUAUUGUGAAGAUUUAGAAAACAUCCUCCUGUUGUAGGCAGUAAGAUCUGUUUUGCACUUUUUCCAUUUUUAUUUACAAAGAAUCCUUUCUGGCCUUUGUUCAAAAUUUGGAAUCCUCUGUUGUAUCUGUAGUGUCCUCAUUAGCUAAUGCAGCUUUCUGUUUUCCAAGGUCGCGGAAGGUGCAGAUUGUUUAUUAAUCACGAUUGUAGAAAUGAUGCAGACUACUGUAGUUUUAUGUACAAAGAACUUUGCUAGUAGCAUUUUCGGUGGCUUUUUUAAACUUCAUGUUCUAAUGUAAUAUUGGAAUUCCAAUACAUUUUGUAUUCAACCAAUAGGAAGAAGUGUGAAUGGAGACAUUUAUUCACAGUCUACACUGCCAGUAACAGUGAAAUCAACACAGAAGCUAGUGUAUUGAAGGAUUACUGGACCAAGAUUAACCUGGUUCCAAGCUUGAGGGGUGACCAGGUUCAAUGGCUUCUGCUCAUUAAGUCACUCUCAGAGAAAAGGUAAUCCUAACCUCUAGGCAGUGCUUGCUUGCAAGAAAGUGCACCUGCCAGGAAUGUGGAUUUGGUCUACAGAAGGGGAAGAUCUGCCGCUCCUCGCGCAGACUCGAGCAAUGUGUGAUUAAGUGCCUUGCUCAAGGACACAAACACGCUGCCACAGCCAAGGCUCAAACUAGUGACCUUCAAAUCACUAGACGAACACCUUAACCACUUGGCCACGUGCUCAGGGGAAGGGCGGAUUCAUAACAUUUUGAGAACUCUAUAAAAACCACUUAUUUAAUUUAGGAAAUACUUAUUAAAAAUCCUUGCAAAUAUUUUGAACUCCUCUCUUGUUUCAUAAUAACACAUUCACAUCGCCCUCAGAACUUAAACAAAUGCUGGGCUACAAUAUUGCAACUUUUGAAAAUGACAAUGGAUAUCUGAAAUAUUUACUGGGAAAGAAAAUAUUGGAAAUAACUAGAAUCAGAGGCCUAGAUUUUUUUUGCAAGGUGAGGUCAUGGGGUUAUGCCCAGGGUUUCUUGCAAAGCUGGCAGUGGAGGUGAUGAAACCAUUACCUCCAGAAACAUUUCUCAGGCAUGGACCGCUGCUGACAGAAAAUACAAAUUAGAAGACCAGAGAGCCAGGCUUCAUGGGAAUUUUUACAUUGCUUUUCCUGAGAAUUUAUUUUCUUCAUGUUAAAAUCUCUUAAUUUCCUUUCUUCAAACAGUGGUUCUUGUCUCUUCCACACCCCAACCAUGCAGCCAUGUUGUGACAGCCUAAAGUCUGGAGUUUUCUCCAAAACCUCUUUCUCCAAUAUGCACUGGCCAAAAACACACAACUGCUGUACAUCUGUCCUAGAACUAGAAACUUUUUAAUAACACACAAGGCAAUUUUUUCUCACUGGUAAAUGCAUUUAACUCUAGAUGCCAGACUUAUUUAAACCUACACAAAUUACUGCAACACACGAUCUGCUGAAAGAACACAGUGGGGAGAGCAUCAGCUGUGGAGGAAAGGAAAUCUUGACAGUUCCUUUCAUUGUUCCACCCACUGAGUUCAUCCAACAGGUGGUGUUUCCACAUUCCAGCGUCACCAGUGCCUGGCGUCUAUGCAAACUAACAUUUGGGCCACAGUUGCAAUCUAAUGCCAAAAGCAUUAACUACACAGAAAAAUGAAGGAUGACAGCCAGGCCAAAAGGGGGCAAUAACAUAAACUGAGUAUCAGACCAUAAGACGUAGGAGUAGAAUUAGUCCAUUCAGCCCAUCAAGUCUCUGCUCCACCAUUUCAUCAUGGCUGAUCCCAGAUCCCACUCAACCCCAUACGCCUGCCCUCUCACCAUGUCCUUUGAUGCCCUGACCAAUCAGGAAAUGAUCAACUUCUGUUUUGAACACACCCAUGGACUUGGUCUCCACCACGGUCUGCAGCAGAGCAUUCCACAGAUCCACCACUUUCACCUUAAAAAUUCUUCCAUACUUAAAGGCCAUAAGACAAAGGAGCAGAAGCUGGCCAUUCGGCCCAUCAAGUCUGCUCCGCCAUUUUAUCAUGAGCUGAUCCAUUCUCCCAUUUAGUCCCACU